GUCAAGAAAAGUUUCUAUACCAUAGCUUCCUUCUUCCAAACAAUCUGUCAUAUAUUUUACAAAUUUGGUAACUGCACUAAUUGUAUUUCGGCCCUGUCUAAAUCCAAAUUGACUGUCUGUGAAUAGAUUAUUGACUUCAAAAUGAUGAACUAAUUGCAAGUAUAAGACUUUUUCAAGUACUUUGGAAAAAAUUGGAAGUAAAGAUAUUGGUCUAUAGUUAUUAACAACGUUAACGUCCCCUUGUUUCAAGAGUGGUAUUACCACAGCUAUUUUUAGACAGUCUGGAAAAAUAGAAGUAGUAAUACAAAAAUUAAUUAAACGAGUUAAAGGAGACACUAUAAGAUCUUUAAUAUACUUAAUAAUACGAGUGUUUAAGUUAUAUAUAUCUAUAGAGUUACUAGAUUUCAUGUUAUUUAUAAUAUCGCGAACUGUAGCGCAGGAAACCUCAGAGAAUGCAAAAUUUACUCUAGAAUCUAAAUCUGAACAAUGAAACAUCAUUAUAUUUAUGGGAUCUAUCGCUUUAUCUGGUAGUCCCUUUGCCAGUUCUGAAGCAAUAGAAGAAAAAAAGUCGUCAAAAGCGUCGCUACUAAUGUUGCUUUUUUUUUGUCAAGUCGAUGUCAAUUAUUUACGUCAGGUAGUUUGACUGUUAACAUUACUAGUUUAUGAUGCUAUUACGAACUCCCCACGUAUUGGAAACUAAAAACUUGCACCAAAAAUCACUAAGGUGCAAAAGUGUUCUCAAGUAUGACAUUGUUGUAAUCGGCGGAGGCAUUAUUGGCACAGCUAUCGCAAAAACUCUAAAAGAGAAAAUGAAAAAACCCAAAAUAGCACUAUUGGAAAAAGAAGAAGCUCUAGCUCGGCAUCAGAGCAGCCACAACAGUCAGGUGCUACAUGCCGGUAUUUACUACCGAACCAAUUCUUUGAAAGCUAAACUGUGUGUAGAAGGCGCACAACUUAUUUACGAUUACUGCAGUGUGAAAAAAAUCCCAGUCAAGAGAUACGGCAAAUUGAUUAUCGCGAGUGAUACUUUGGAUAAAUAUCGCCUAAAAGAAUUGUACAAACAAGGCUUAAGAAAUAAAGUGCCAGGUAUAGAACUCCUGGACUGGGAAAGUGUAACCAAGAUUCAACCCUACUGUCGGGGUUUACAAGCGCUUUGGUCCCCAAACAGUGGCAACGUUAACUGGGAAGUGGUGACGAAGAGUUUUGGACAAGACUUUGAGAAUGAAGGUGGGGAUAUAUUUUUCGGUUUUGAAGCAAAAUGUGUUAAAGAGUCGGGCGAAGCUUCGCACCCCGUUCUGAUUAAGAGUGAUAAGGAGGCGAGUUUUUUGGCAAAGUAUGUCGUUACUUGUCUCGGUUUGUACUCAGGGGCGCUUUUUGACCCAGAGAAGGACAAAGGUUACGAGAAUGUGUCCCUGCGGGUCAAUUAUUACACACUUAAUCCGAGACUUAACCGCUUUGUUAAAACCAACAUUUACGCGAUCCCGCACAUAGACAUGCCCUUCAUAGGCAUCCAUUUUAGUCCCACUGUCGGUGGCGAGGUCCUUCUUGGACCAAGUGCCGUUCCGGCACUAAAACUGGACAGUUACGACAAAUCUGCGAUUGAUGUGACUUACAUUCGUAGCAAGAUUUUUUCAAAAAAUGUGGGUUUUUUGUUUUUGAAAAACCUCCAAACUUGUUUACACCAAGUGACCGAGGCAGUUUCCUGUGAUUUUCGAACUGCCGUAUUAAAUAAAUAUUUACCAAUGAUUUCAAAAAACGAUAUUCUUCCGGGACCGACCGCCCUGCAAGGCCAGAUUGUGACCAAAGAUGGGGAAUUUGUUGAUGAUUUUUUAUUCGACAUAUUCGAAGGCAAGGGAAUACACAAGCGGAUUAUUAAUUGUAGGUUUGUACCAAGCCCUGGCGCUACUAGUUCUCUGGCCAUUGCUAACAUGGUCCAUGACAAAAUACGAAAAGUGGACGGUUUCGGAGGUUAAAAAUACUUUAACUGUAUUUUCUUAUAUAAAUAAAAUACUGUUGCAUUA